AUGUUGGUAACCGUGAACGUGGGUAAUGAUGCCCGCGACUCGAAUCCAUUGCCUGCACGCGCAUCAGCCGAACUGAGAAUUUGUUGUGCUGUUCCGAAACGUCUGUCGUUAGCGAUUACUCGUGAGCACAUAGCAAAUCUAUCGACUGCAUGUCCAACGAAUUCGAAUAUUCUGCUAAAGUCGAAACCAUCGAAACUGACGUUAUCAGCAUAUGGCAAAUGCGAGUCUGGAUCGAUGUGGUCUUCAUCGGAACGUAGAUUCGAUUCGAUUAGUGCGUUGCUGGUGGAGUAUAGCACUGAUGAACCGAAGUUGUUGACGGUUGAGAAGUUGUCGGACAGCGAUUCCAUAGAGGGU